UGGUGGCCAAACACCACUGAAAACUCAAUGAGGCCAACUCCAUUUAAGAAAAGAAUUAAAAUAAAAUUCACCUUCACGUAAGGAGAUCUAUGGGUGAAAGGCAAGAGUCGUAAUGGAAUAAUCACACAAAAAAAAUAAGAGUGAACAGAUUUUGUAAGGAAAAAAAAAGGUUUUACGUGUAAAGUGAUAAUUAACAAAACAAAGUAACAAACUAGUCGUGAUCUUUUCGUACGGAUCCCCCAUUAACACCCGGCUUUUCCUGAAUCCUGGAUAGACAAACGAAAUCAAGACCGAACACUCAAUGUGGAGCCCGCACAAUCAACGGUUCAGAUCUCGCGAUCAGUUGCUAAACAAACAACUCUCAUCAUUAUAUAUGUACAGUCUCCUACUCUGAGAAGCCAAAGAAAACAGCGGCAAGCAAACACACCGUCAGUCUUGCCAAACCAAAUGGCGAAUCCUCGUCGGCCUUCACGCCGCGGCAGCUUCUUCUUCUUCUUCACUUUCCGACCACUUGCCUCUGCCAUUACGGUUGCAGUGCUUCUCUUCUUCGUUCUCUCUUUCCUCUUCAGUACUUCCAAUUCUUACUCUUCUGACCUCCACCACCAUUUCCCUUCAGUAUGCAUCCGGAUUCUCGAGGAGAACCGUGCUUGCUGUUCAAUCGGAUCCACUCAAGCCUCGGGUGGAGCAGAUACGAAAGCAAGCCUAGGAUCACCGGUCUCUGGUGCUCGCUUAUGCCGCCUACGCACGGAAGCUCAAGCUUGAGAACUCCAAUCUCGUUAGGACUUUCGCUGAUCUGUCGCGGAACUACUCGGAUGUCAUCAAUAAACCAGCCCAUCGAGCUCUGUCUGAGUUGGAUUUGCUCGCCAUAGAUGAAUCGGUGUUACGGCAAUUCGAAAAGGAGGUAAAGGAGCGCAUCAAAGUCACUAGACAAGUAAUCUCUGAAGCUAAAGAGAACUUUGAUAAUCAGCUCAAGAUUCAGAAGCUGAAGGACACAAUUUUUGCCACAAAUGAGCAGUUAACCAAAGCAAAGAAGCAAGGGGCUUUUUCGAGUCUGAUUGCUGCAAAAACAAUUCCGAAGAGCUUGCAUUGUCUUGCUAUGAAGUUGAUAGGAGAGCAGAUAGCUCAUCCUGAGAUAUAUAAUGAUGCAGGGAAGCCAACACCACCAGAAAUUGAGGAUCCUAAUCUAUACCACUAUGCAAUAAUCUCAGAUAAUGUACUUGCAACAUCAGUGGUGGUGAAUUCAGCUGUGGCAAAUGCAAAGGGAGCCAUGGAAGCAUGUUUUUCAAUCGAGCACAUAUUGCCUUGAAGAAAUUCCAAGCCACUUGAUCACAGAAUUGGAAUUUGUCAAGGCUUGCUGCAACUUUGCUCUCUAAGUAGAUAGUCAUAAUUGAAGCCUCUUCUGGGAAAAUGCAAACGACGCUCCUCCUGUAAGUAAGAAGUAAUCUCAUGAGGUUGAUUGCUACUUCUUAUAUCAAGUGCUCUUAUUUGACUGUGGAAGGUGGUUAGCAUUUGUCCUUUAAGAGUAUCAUACUUAUUUUUUAGUCUUUGUACAGAAUUACUUGCACCCAUUAAUUAAUUGUGGCUAAAUUUAAUCCCAAGAAGUCAUGUUACGGCA